UCACCACAAUGGCGGCGCUGGUGCGGGCGGCCGGGCGAGCCCUGCUGGGCUGCGCCGCGCCCCUGCUCCGCGCCGAGCGGAGCAUUAGCAGCGGCAGCGGGGCGCUGUGCGGGCCAGUGCGGCCUGGCCUCCCCGUGCCGCUGUCCUCGCCCCUGGCAGGGCUCACCCGGCCUAUCCGCAUCAGGGAACCAAAGAAGCGCAAGCAGGUGGAUCGGUGGACGGAAAAACGAGCCUUGUUCGGGGUCUACGACAACGUGGGAAUCCUGGGUGGCUUCCAGCUGCACCCGAAGAACCUCAUCGUGGGGCCCACGUGGCUGCGAGGCUGGCGGGGAAACGAGUUGCAGAGGUGCAUUCGUAAGAAGAAGAUGGUGGGAGAUCGGAUGUUUAUGGAGGACUACCACAAACUCAACAAGAGGAUCCGGUUCUUGUACAAGCGCUUCAAUCGCACUGGGAAGCACCGUUAGCACUGACUGUGAGUCUGAUAUAUGCAGCAUGGUUUUGUGCUGUCGUGGUCAGAAUAAAAACAGCUUUCACACA